AUGGGCCACCACCGUCCGGCGGCGUUAACUCCGUCUGCGGCCAAGACCGCCGAGCUCAUGGAAGCUCGCGCUGAAUUUCGCACAACUUUCGAAGAUAGUCUUGGCUUGCCCAAUUCCGUAACGUUAGAACAAGGCGUUUACUUUCAAGCACCAGAUAACAUUACCGAUCCGGAUUCGUUGUAUCAAAGAUUUCAAACUGUGCUAAAAGAGAUUGUUGAUUCUGAACCCGAAUUGGCCGCUGCGGUUAAAUCGGGAGAAAAGGAGUUGGAGGUUUUGGAGGAACAUCAAAAGGUUAAAGAACUUCUUGGUCCCCCUCAAACACCAAAAUACGAUGUUCCCGA